UACAAGCAAACGUUGCAUGCUCGGGCGAGUGCGCGCGCGUAGGAAGUGGGAGGAGGGAGAGUUGCAGAGAAGAGCAGGAAGGCAGUGACCAUGUCUUUCUCUUUCUUCAAGCCCUCGAAACCAAAGACCCCACCAGAGCUCGUAAAAGCGAUCAGAGAGAGUUUGCUCGCCCUUGAUUCCAAGACUGUUGCAGAAGUUAAAGCCCUUGAAAAGGCUCUAGAGGAAGUUGAAAAGAAUUUCCUGGCAAUGAGGCAAAUGCUUUCUGGAGAUGGGGAAGUUGAACCAAAUAUGGAUCAGGUUUCACAGUUAACACUUGAGAUCUGCAAAGAGGAUAUUAUUAGUCUUGUCAUUCACAAGUUACCGUCAUUGGGAUGGGAAGCAAGGAAAGGUUUGGUGCAUUGUUGGUGCAUAUUGUUGAGGCAAAUGGUUGGUCCUAGUCAUUGCUGUGUGGAAUAUCUUGAGAAUCAUUUGGAACUAUUGGACUUUCUUGUUGUGUGCUAUGAUAACAAAGAAAUUGCAUUGCAUUGUGGAAUUAUGUUGAGAGAAUGCAUCAAGUAUCCGAACCUUGCAAAAUAUAUAUUGGAAUCUACAAGUUUUGAGUUGUUCUUCAAAUAUGUAGAGCUGCCUAACUUUGAUGUUGCUUCUGAUGCUUUUGCUACCUUUAAGCAGGAUUUGCUUACUAAACAUCCCACUGCAGUAUCUGAAUUCCUGACUUCCCAUUAUGAAGAGUUCUUUGAGCUAUAUGAGAAGCUUCUAACAUCCACAAAUUAUGUAACUCGAAGGCAAUCAUUGAAGCUAAUUUCGGAAUUUCUUUUGGAGUCUCCAAAUUCCCAUAUAAUGAAGCGUUACAUUGUAGAAGUUCGGUAUCUGAAAGUCAUGAUGACAUUGCUGAAGGACUCGAGUAAAAAUAUCCAGAUAUCGGCUUUCCACAUUUUCAAGAUCUUUGUUGCUAAUCCGAACAAGCCAUGGGAAAUAAUUCUUAUUUUGGCGAAAAACCAUGAAAAACUGCUUGACCUACUUCACAAUCUUUCUGUUGGGAAAGGCACUGAAGAUGAGCAAUUUGAAGAAGAAAAGGACUUGAUCAUCAAGGAAAUUGACAGAAUAUCUCGCCUACCUAACUUUGUCCGCUAGUACUUUUAUUUUCUUGUCUCAAAGUUUUAUGUUUGAUGAUUUCCUUUACUGCCUUCUACAUUAAUUAAUGGAGUUGGUUUGAGGGCUUUCAAAAAGAAAGAAAAAAAAAAAAAGAAAAGAAAAAAUAAUGGAGUUGGUUUGCAAAAAUGAUUCAAGAUUAUGUGGGAUAUUUCAAAAAUUACAUACAGUACUGGAAUUUUAUACAAAAAAUACAUAGAACGGAAAGGUGUUUUUAUUUAUUUAUGCUUCAUUUUCGCAUUAAACAUGUACAGUAUAUUUUCUUCUGUAUAAUGGUGGAGAAACCUUUCUUUUAUCAAAAGGUUUGUAUUGGCUGACGA